AAAAAUUAUUUUUAUGUAGCGCUAAAUAAUUAGGCUAUUAAUUACGUUAUUACUAUUAGUAGUAUGUGACUACUCUAAGUAGCCUACUCUUAGUAGCACAAACUAAAAAAGAUCUCUGUUAAAGAAAUGCACAUGUUUUGGAGUUUUCAAGCAAAACUUGUUUGCAAAUUUUGUAAUACCCAACCUAUAAUAAAUUAAACCUGUCAAUAUCUAAAAUCAAUGACACUUUUUAUGAGGGUCAAACCAAGAAGAAUCUGUCAUGUCUCUGUUAGAUUCUGCUACAACUCAAUCCUUGUUUAAUGAAACGUCUUCAGCAGUUCAUCAGCCAGGCAGAAAAGACAGUAAUUUUCUUCUGUUUAUAUUGCUCCCAGUUACUGCUAUUGUAUGUGUAGGGAUUGCUAUUGGAGUGAUAGUUUGGUUACUCAAACGCAGCAGGAUGGAUAAACUCAGAAACCACCUGAUGCCCUUAUACAGCUUUGAUCCAUCAGACAGUGGUCAGGACUGGGAAACUGACCUAUUAAGUCAGGAAGUUCGUUUACGAAACAGUUUGACUCCACCAAGUUCACCCAUAUUGAAAUUGAACACCAUGCAUUCAGAGUUAUGAUUGGUGCUACUUAAAGAAAUAUUAAGUCUGGUGUUGUAGACUUUUGUUGUGCCCACAAGCAUUUACAUUAGAAAGUCUUCAGGGUGUUCAGGUUUAAGUGUUCAUUUUCUAAAAAUGAUUAUUCCCCUUUCAUUAAAAACAUUCAUUUUAAAUUACCAAAAAAAAAUUUAAAAAUUUUGAACUGUCGAAUAAGUUUGUUUAAAGCUGUACAAAUGAAAAGGGAUCCAGCUCAAUACAAUCCUAAGCUUUUUGUAAAAAAAUUUAUUGCGAUGAUUGUACAUAGAACCUCAUGUUUAUUCCUUGUGUGAGCUGUUGUUUUCGUACAGUUUCAUAAACGUCCUGAUUUUCGUUUUAAACAAACAGCAGUAUUUCACAUUUAUCUUGCUCAUCAUUAAAAGCAUCAAAAGAAAUACAUUUACCAGUACUAAUCUUUAGUCAUUUUAAUUCAAACUGUAAAAUUCCUAUUAUGAUUAUUUUAUGAGUAACAGUUUAUAAUUCAGUUUUAGCAACCAUUGGCUUUUUUUUAUUUCAAUCAACUUAUUCCUAAUCAGCAGAGUACUUGUAUUUCUGUCUUAACUCUAUUUUAAAUGUAAAACAGUGGGUAGAUAUACUUUUAAGGUUUCAAGCAUAAUUUUUUUGUUUACAAUACAUACAUACCAGUGAUUACUGUAUUUUAUGCUGUACUGUACAAGACAUACCAGACAGCAAAAACCACCAAACUGAAUAAAUGCUUGUCACUUAGCACAAUACCCUACCCACUUGUGUGUUAGUAACUAAGAAAUUUUUUUGCAACAUAAUGCAAAAAAUACAUUAAGCUAUUUCAAUGAGACAGUGGUGUCAUAAGUCUCUAGGGCUACACUUCCAGUCCUUUAUUUCUAUGGAUCUAGAUGAAACUACACUUAACAGUUUAGCCAGACCUGAGUGUGCUUCCUCCCCUACAUAUAGCCAUUGUGCUUGCAUUGUGCCUAUUAAUAGUAGUAGAGAAACAAUUUUUAAGAGCACUAUUUCAACAGUAUUAACACAACUUUACAAGUAAUAAUUUAAAUGGGAUUUUGCACUUUAAGUGGAUUAUAAACAUAUUUACUUACACAUCAGAUUAUUAUCAUCACAAAACAAAAUAUGUGCAUCUCUGUUGUGCUAGGACCGUGUGAGUUGUAUAAGUUACCACUGUGUAACUACUUUUAUACCAUGUAAACAGUACCACUGUGAUGUUUAUCUAUGCAUAGCAGGGGUUUUUCUUUGGUUGAUAAGAGGCGUAGAAUUUAAAAAUUGUCUCAACACAUCCCAAUUUCUGGGUAAAUGUUUCAGCUUUUUCUACACAUAUAUAUUUCACCUGGUCAUUAUAUGUAUUAAAGUAUUGUGUCUGUCCAUGCUACACCUUUUGUAAGUAUUUCUCAUUUUUACAUUGCAUAACUAUUGAAUAUGUUUGGAGAACAAAGUAAAUUAUUUCAACACUUUGUAAAAUAGAGCUGAACACAAUUGUUAGAAUUUUUUUUUAAAGCGCUUAAAUUCUGGCAACUUUUAUUUUAAGUUUCACUUUUAAUCCAGCUCAUAUUUAUUUUUAAAAAUUGCUAGAGUGCAAUACACAUUAAAAAAUAGAAAUGUUCUUUACACAUUCUAUUUGAACACACAUUUUUUUAUUUAUUUCUUUUGUAAGACAUUUAUUUGAUUUUGAUCUCAGUUUUGUAACUGACAUUCCUGUUGACUAAGCAAAAUGUACACUAUUUUAUGUAUGUUUGCUAUUAGCCAGGUACUGUUUUUAACAUGUAGGCUGUGUCUACUUAAUUGAUCAUAAUUAAUUUUUGCAUUAUUGAUAUUAAUUACAACUAUAAACUUUACAUAGACAGUUUUUAUUGAAUGUCUUCUUGUUGUGAUACUUAUCAAUUUAUAUGAAAUAACUUAUUUAUAAAUGGAUUAUUAAAUGUAAAAAAAAAAACAUUUUAAAUGUUACACUUAUUUAUGUGUUGGUUAAAUCCCUUUAGUAAAGUUACUGACCGAAAUAAACAUCAAGCUAUUUACAUUUUGUCA